AUGCGCCGAACGGGGACGCCCCACCCCAGCCCCCCACCCUUCCGACUCAGCGGGCAGCCAGAUAAAGCCAAAGGAGCGACCAUCGGAGCCGCUGUCGGAGCAGGACUGGUGCUCCUUGGGGUCCCGGCGGCCGUCUCUGCUCUGGGGUUCAAGGCAGCCGGAGUCGCCGCUGGGUCCGUGGCUGCCAAGAUGAUGUCAGUGGCUGCCAUGGCCAACAACCGAGGGGGGGCUGCCGGCAGCACCGUGGCCGUGCUGCAGUCCAUGGGAGCUGCAGGGUUCUCCCUCGGUGCCAAAAUCGGGCUGACAUCUACCCCGGGGCCGCUCGGCGCGGCAGCCGGUGCCGAGCUGUUCAAGGGCAAGACAACUCCAGGAGACAACCCCGAGUGAAGCCAAGGAGGUGCCUGAGCCCGAGGUUUCUGCCAGGCAGGGUGGCAGGCACUGGGAAGCCCCCGCAGACCCCCGCAGCAACCCAGCCACCCUCUUAGGAGCUGCGGAUCCGCUCGGGCAAUGAGUUGACACCAAUAAACGGGGUUUGCAGGUGGGGGUGUGGUGGUGGUUGUUGCGUGGUCGGGGCACAGGCAUCCCCAAACACCUCAGGAUUCGCAGGGGUCCGGGAACAGACCCGAACUUGCAGCUUUUUCAGCCCUGUGCUGUCUCCCCCAGAAAGCUGGGGCGCUGGCAAGGCUGGGGGUAGGCUGGUUAUGAGCUGUGUUUAAUUCACACUGUGCGUGGUGACAGAUGACAGGCUGGACUGACCCGUGGCAUGUGUCCCACCCUGUGUCCCAAGCGUGGGUGAACAGGGCUCUGCCUGGCAAUCAGCUGGGUUUCGAUUCCUAUAACCUGUGUAAUGAAUUACCCCAAAUAAAUAAGCAACAGAGUUAGUCAACAAGAA